AUGGCAAAAGAGGAAGAAAGGAAGGAUGGUCUCUUGUUUAACUCUCUCACCUACUUUUUGGUGGGACUGAGUGUGGCUCUGAUCUACUCCUUUGCGGACAAUGACCACUUUAUGUUCUACAAGGUCUUUAGAGAGGCCGGGAUUAAUGCAGACUUUCCACACUAUUACCUUCGUCAACUGAUUGCGUUUUGGGGAUUCAUAGCCUCGUUCACAUUUAUGUUUUUCGGAGUGUUCAACAAGAAGAUAUGCACAGUUGUGGGUUGGCUGAUGCCUCUCUCGUACCUCUACAUCACUUCCAAGGUUACAGAGUAUGGGAGUGUCAAGUUUGGGACUAGUAUGCUUCGUGCCAUUGCACUGGCCUCCAUAGUCUCUCACAUCUUUCAGACCUGCUUUGUAUUCCAAAUCUUUGAGGAUACUGAGGACUUGUUCCAGAGACUGCUGAGCUUUGUUGGAGGCUACUUUUUGGGAUACCCAGUGGUGACUAGACUCCUCCUCAGAAGAGUCUUGGUGGAUGGAAUGAUGGAUAGUGCUUCUAUAGGAGACGACCUCUUCCACUUUUGCACAACGCUCUUCUUCAUAACGUUUACCAUGGCUGCAUGUCUGAACUACCUCUUUUACGGCAUGGCUCGAGGUGCGGAUACUCAUUAUUGGCUACCAGCCUUUUCUCCAUCAAUGGGAGACAAGGUAAAUUUUGGUUCUUGCAUUUACCCUUGGGUUAUAAAUCCGGUCUGUAUAAGCAUACUGCCUCAGACCUUGAUGGAACAGCCAGAGUACCACAACCACGUCUUUAUUCAGAGAGUUACCUUUGCAAUAGUCCUCCUGGCUAUACCCUCAGUAAUGGGCUCAAUGGAUGUCUCGAUGCGCUGUAUACUGACUCUGUGGAAGAAGAGAACUCUGAGGUAUCUGGAGGGACUAAAGGCUGCCAUAAUGGUCUCUGAGGAACUGAAUGAGAUGGUUGAGGAGGAUGGAAGAGAAGAGUCUCCACUCUCUAUAGUCUACAACAGUUCAGACAUUAAAGUGCCCUCUCACAUUGACACUUGGUCCUCUAUAAACUGUGACUCUUUCAGUGACUGGGAACGCAGAGACGUUGAGACCAGAGACUCCAUUCUCUCGGCAAUUAUGAUCCUGGACCUGCUAAUCAAGUUGGAGAAUACUCUAGAGUUGGGACUUGUUGAAGACAUUAUAAAGUUGUACUGCUCUUCCAAGACUAGAGACCCACUUGUUACCUGCACAGUGCUUCUGACUGACAAUAAACAGGUCCUCCUCACCGUCCUGUCAAGGUCCCUGGGAAUGUCAAAGGGACUCCUCACUCAGGUCGAGAAGAUACCCAAUUGCUAUAAUGGAGGUUUUGGCAUGUGUAAAUCUGAACGUUGUUGUUUCAAGAAGACCUGUGAUCAUAAGAAUGGAAAUACCACUUGUACGGUUGAGAAUGCCAGUGAAGGUGCCGAGAAUAAAACCUGUGACUGUUGCUGUCCAGUGUCUAUCCAUGAGAUUAGGACCUUUGUGAAGGAAUCUGUUACUUCCACUGAGGAUAGCAUCUGCACAAUGGUGGCUAAGAUAAAUGCGGAUGCAAUACUAUCAUCAAUGGAAGCCUCUGAUCUAACACUUGACUCCGCAAAAGUCUGUGUAGCAGUACUAAAGGCCUACUAUCAAAGCUGUAUCUGGCUUCUCAUUUCAAUACUCUGCAUAGAGGAGGCCAUCCUACUCGCUAUUUGGUUCUGCAGACUUUGUGAACUAUACAAGAGUAUUUGUGGUAACAUUACUGGGAUAAAUUGCCAGUGUAUAAAUAAAUCUAAGGAAAGCACUGCUGUAACCAUUAAGACCUGUUCUGUAACUACUCUUGAGAACUUUGACGACUGUGACUGUCUCUGCAUAAUCUCUUACUACGGCAUCAUGGCUAGUGUGGAGGCUAUAAUGACAAAAUUUCACUGUUUGAGGACAGAGCUUGUUACCAGAGCUAAUACUACAUGUACAUUUCAAAAGGUGGAAACUUCUGACUUGGCUUCUGAGGCAUACUUGCUGGAUUCCAUAAAGGCAGCUAUCAUACUAUUCUUUGGUCUUGACAGUGUUUACAAGUUCAUAGUAGAAACGUUUAAAGACGCAUGCUGGUGUUGUCAUAAGGACAAGGCUCCUCUGUAUCCAGCCGUACUAUCAUGUCUGCUGGUAUGCUAUAGACUUUGUUCCAGACUCUUCCGAGAUGCUUCUGAAGGUACCAAAAUCUUGGAGGACACACUGCUCUGGUACAAGUGUAUCUUUGUUACUAAGAAGGAUAUGAGUGAUAGCACUAAAUGUAUAGUUGAUGUACCUAAGGAAGAGGUAAAGAAGAAAGUUGAGGAACUCAAGAAAGAGAAGGAAUGUCCGAAAGAAACCAGGAACCUGAAGUUGACCAUCACUUCAUUUGAGACAUUUGUAACAAGUGCACAAACUUCCUUGUCCUACUUCUAUAAUGUACAAACAUCUGAUUCUGGUGGAUAUGCCGUUUACUAUAAUUUAGAUGUGGACAAGACUAAUAAAGCAGUAAAAUACCUUUCUAGGUUACAAAUGUCAAACACCAAAGAUAAGAAUUACACUCUUAAAUCAGAAAGCCACUUCAUUCGGAAAGGAGAAUCUGGAUCCUCUAAAUCUGCUUUUGGGUCUGGGAGUGUGGCCUGCAUUAAUAGAGUUACGGCUAAUUUAGAAAAUAAGCAAGAGGAUUCUAAAUCGUCCUGUAGAUGUUGUAGUAGUGAGGGGGAGGAUAUUUGUGAUAAGUGCGAAAAGGGAGAACCGUGUAAGGAUUGCAAGGACUGCAAGUGUGAAUGCCCUGAGAACGGAUGUCCAUGUAGUAAAAAGGAAGAGAAAUGCAGUAGUAUAAGUGUGUUCACUCGCUUAUCUAAAAUUAUAGAAUGUAAAUGUGGGACAGAGGAAAAGGAAAAGAAAUGUUCUAAUUGUUUUAAUAAGUUAUGCAGUAGUCUGUCUAACUUGACUAAUAAAAUAAGUGAAGUUUCUGGUAGUAAAAAGGAAGAAGAAAAGAAAGAAUGUGAGCAUCCAGGAAAAUGUGGAGGAAUCUGUUGCCAAACAAGGAGAUUCUCACACUUUUUGAAGACAUAUGUAAGUAAAUUAAAAUCUGCCAACUGUUCUUGUCAAGGUUUUAAUUUAUAUCGUUGCCCUGGCAAAAAUUUAUGCUUGUUAGAUGGUUAUACCUGCGGAAUUUCUUUUAUACUAAAAGAAUGGUUUGCAAAUUAUUACUGCCACUGUGUUUAUGAUGCAGGCUCAGGUUUUACUACGCUAAGUUUUAGUUUUUUUAGUUCCAGAUUUUGGACGACGAUCGGCAGUUUCCUUGGGAAUGGUUUUAGUUUAAAUGGGUUUCUAUCAUUCGGAGGAAAGGAUCCCAGUCUUUGUGAAUGUCUAGUUAGUGUGUUCAGAGAUAUCUACAAAGAAUUAAAUUGCCAAGAGAUCAAGUGCAAAUGUUGUCCUUGCUGCAAGAAAAACGGAGAACUGUUUAAAUGUAAGUGUCAAUGUAAAGAAGAUAAGAAGGAAAAGGAAUGUGGAUGUAAGUGCAACUGUUCUGAUACUGAAGGUUGCUCCUCAGAGGGUGCCGAGUGCAAAUGUGAAUGUAGAUGUGAACUAUGUUGGAAAAACUUCUUCAGAUGCUUCGUGAUUUGUGGACUCAAAUGUGGAGAUCAGUGUAAAUCUGGAGAGGAAAACUGUUGUAAGUGUUGCUGUACAAAGACUGGACAAGAGCAAUGUAAAUGUGAAAAUAGCCAUAAAGACGACGGUAAAUGUACUCAUAAAUGUGAAAACUGUCUACUUUGUCUUUACACCACUAACAUGUUCUUUUGCAGUAAAUGCUGUUCCCAGCAAUCUGAAACUGAAUGUAAAAAAUCUGCUAUCUCCUGCAAAUGCACUUGUGGUACUGAUACCGAUAAGAAGUGUUGUUGCAAGGAUGCAUCUACUACCACACAGUCCACUACCCAGAAUUUGGCAUGCCUUAAGCUAAACUGUUGCUGUGGAGACAGACUGGGCUGCUCCAUUGAUAAGAUUACCUGUCUCCUUAAAUGCAUGGAAAAGGAACUCCCAACUUUGUAUUGUCUUGCUAGUAAACUUGACUGUCAACUAUUCCAGUUUUGUGAGCAACUGUGCAGCGUUCUGGACACUCUUGAGGAUGUGAAGGAGGUACUAACAAAGGCCAUAGAUAUAGUAGAAUGUAGGAUCACAAAGGUCAAGUGCAUGAUAAGUUGUUACAGAGCCAAGUUUAAGUCACUGACAGAAGAGAUAGAAUCUAUAGACAAAAGGGAUGAAAUGUACCCCAAAGUAGUGGACCUUGUAAAGAAGACUGGAAAGUUUGCUGUACUGGUGACAUCCUAUUCCCCAGAAAUUGAGGCUACUUAUAUGAAGACUGAUUUCCACAGUGAUCUACUCAAGUCUACCACCCAGAAUCUGGCAGAAGUAGCUAUGCGUGUAAAGGCCACCAGUCAAUUAGCUGCCUCAACAGGUCGUAGCAGAGUGGCUUUACUGGCUGAUUCCAAGACUGUCCAAGUGGAUGCUCCAAUCAAGAAUUACAAGGACAACUCAUCCAUUCUAAAGGGGUAUAUAUUCAUAGUCUCUAGGAUAAUCUUUUUCCUAGUGAGGCUCCAGGUUAUUGGCCCUGAACACCCCUUGGUUAUAAAUAUACUCAUUGUUAUAUUCAAUGUCCUCUCUGCCAUCUACCUUAGCCUCGUCAUCGCUGAAUUUUCUGGUGAAUUUGGCAAACACAUUGGAUACUCUGUCAACUUUAUGCUUCUCUGUGGAGUUGGAGCAAACUUCAUCUACUUAUGGGUGCUCCACCUGUUUGACUACAUCACCAUGGUUUACCCAUUUGGGAACGUUCUCUCUAAACUGGAGGCUUAUAACUCCUCACUAGACUAUAGCAAAUCUCAGUUCAGCAUGCUUCCGAGUUUGAUAUCCUCUCUCAGGACUGAGUUCAACAGCAUCUUUGGCAUAUUCUCAGACUUGGACACCACCAGUUCUUACUCUGGUAUUAGACAGAACGUCUACCCGUUCAGCACAAUGCCAAAGAGUCUCAUCAGCUCAUUCAGAGGCACUCUGGACUUUACUCCUAUACUCAAUGGUCCAAACAGAAGUGUCUCUGCCAUCAUGGAUCACAUCUCAUUCACUCUACUUGGGUGCCAUUCAGAUGACCUCCUGACAAAGUCUAGUGACUACUUUGGUGAUUUGAACAGGGAGAUGCUUUGGCACUCUUGGUAUGCAAACACCGUGAUCACUGACACCACUCUCUUUUACUACUACCUCAGACGCUCCAUCCUGUUUGAGAUGAGUGAGAUUGUCCGUCUGAGACCAGUUGACAAGCCAUUCUCGAGGGGAUUCACCAACUCUAGACAACUGUGGAAACACUUUGGCAAGAUUCAGGUAGACCUCUCCUUCAACGCUUCUCUCAAUAGUCCCGAAAUUGAGAUACCCAGAAGCAGACACCAGUUGAACCUCUUGAGGGAGAGACUGUACCAGGAGUAUAGACAAAAGUGGCUGGUCUACCAACUCAGGGCUACAAAGUCUCUCGUUAAUGUACCUCUGGAUGAGACUAGCAGUAGUGAAGACCUGCCAUUUUUGUACAUUAAGGAACUGGACACUGUACAACUGACUGCAAACUCCCUUGAGAAACUGGAUAAAAAGUACUCUGACGUCUACAGAGGUACCAAGAUAAACACUUGCAAGGUUCUCAAGAAGGAGAUCAAGACUUGGAGGAGCUCUAAACUCGGCUUUUGUGAAACUCUGUCUGAUGAGGGCGAGUGCAAGAGGGCUGUGAAUACUGCAGUAAAGUCCCUUGAGGGAUUCUUUGACACUUGUGAAGACCAUAAACCUGUAAAGGACAUGAUAGAGUACAUUACAUCCACAGACUAUUACUCCACUUACACUCAUGGCGACUCUGAUCUGGACACUGACAACAAGAUGGCACUCUUCGACUUGACGUUCCACCAAGACGGACUGGAGAAUAAUUAUCGCAUAUUUAAAGGGUUCAAGAACUCAAUUUCUCACACUCUUGACCACCAACUGGAGAUCGCCAAGAGGAACAAGACAACUUCCCUCAUUCCACUUGGCAUAUACACACUUCACUAUGGACUCCAGAUAUCGCAAAGUACAUUUGAACAAAUAUCCCGUUUAUCUAGCCAUAACUAUAAAGCGGAUUAA